UUAUGAUCUGCCCCCCAAAUUAGACGGAAUAUGAACUGACAAGGUCAUAGCCGAACAAAGUCGUCAAGCCCAAACCUGGCAUCGUCCGUAAGCCAGCCAUCACAAUCAUCGAGCUCUGGCGUCCCGCAGGCGGAGAGAACCCAGAAAUGAAGUGCAAGGCGAAGGCUCCAGAGGAAAUCACGGAUACACUGGGACUGGCCCGGGUCUCCACGUGGCGGUUAGAAGCGUUUCAGCUUGCUGUCACUAAGCUGAUCAAUGUGCAUGGGGCCUCCGAAGCGAUAACAGCGAACGAGCUGGUUCAUGGUGGCGAGAGCGUGACGGAUGUGUUUGUCAGGUUUCGAAGCGAGCUGGUGGCGGAGAUGGUAAAGGGAAAGAUCGACGGUGUGAUGGUGGAAGGGAGAAAGCUGCAGGUCACGUUCGCUUGAUACGUAGGGGGCGCGCGCGCUGAUGGCAGCGUGACGAGAAUGACAUCGAAGUCGGGACCGACGGUCAAUAUGUCCCAGCACUAGAGUAUGCUUGAUCGC